AUGGAAGAUUGGAUGACUGCAGAGUUAGCCGCCGGGCCGUGCCCGCAAGACAAGGGAGGCUGCGCGGCCGGCUUUUUUUGCAGUGGUCACGUGGAUUCUAGUGGAUCCCAAGCUGGGACACAACCUACCGGCAGCGAAAUCAAGGCAGGCACGUGGCAGGCAACCCUAGCUGGGGGCCAUGCGAAGAAUUUCCGGUUUUCACGUGACGGAUUGUACAUCACCAAACGGACCCACACCCGCGAGAUCGAGUUCUAUCGGUGGAUCUAUGACCUUGCAGGCACGCCUCUUCCCCAAAAUCCGAGUGUCCACGACGAAAGCGACUUACCUAAUACACAACAAAGUGAACCAGGAAGCAGGCACGGAAAGGCGUCGGGGGCAGCCUCUCCUACACCGGCUUCUGACGAAGCUUCAGGGGCAAACGAGCAGCCCUGUCUUCAGCGUUUGAUCUCCACUGAUCGUUCAUCUGCAAGUCCGCGCCUGGACAAAUCAGGGAAAACGGAAGAAGCCUCUCUCAUGUCCAAGAACGGUUUCUCGCAAAACGAAUGGCCCCCGAACGCGAAAAGGAUCGAUACAGAGAAUCAGGCGCGAGCUCUGAAACCCUGGAUUCCGGGCGUCGUCUGUGCUUCAGUCGCACGUGCUGGGGAUGUUCCCGACUCAAGCGGGGGCUCCGCUGAGUCAAAUGAGCCUGAAAAAGGGGACACUGGCGGGGACGGGAGGAAACGAGGAAUUCUUGUCCUCGCUAACAUUCUCCAUGGCAUGAGAUGGCCGGUUGUUGUGGACCUGAAAAUGGGCACGCGGACUUACAGGGAUGAGGCCUCGCCUGAAAAACGUGAGCGAGCAAAACGGUACGCAGAAGAACGCGGGAGCGCUUCUGUAGGCAUGGCCUUUUGUGGCCUUUCUGCCCACCGCCAGGACGGAACUGUGGUGACAGUUGACGGCGGGUCUCGCGCCCCACGGGACUGCCAGCAUCCGAGGAGGCUGGAAGACUUUGUGAAAGUCCUCCAGGCAUUCCUCAGUUUUGUGGGCUUGGAGAAACGUCGAAAGGACAUUGGCGCUUCACUGCUGCUCCAGCUUGGCGAGCUUGAGCUGGCGCUUGAAAAUUUGACGAUAGCGAAUUUUUACGGGAGCAGCAUUCUGUUAGCUUAUGACGCUGCAGCCGCUGAAGACAGCUCGGAUUUAUGUGGCAGAGCGGAUGCUCCGCCCACAAAAGCUCAGGUAAAAAUUGUGGAUUUUGCUCAUGUGACGAUGAUGCCUAAGGAGCCUGAUCUGAAUGGGUUCCUUUUUGGGCUGAGAAACCUGAAAAGCGCACUGCAGCAGGCCGUCGCGAGCUCCGUCAGGGGGGGUGUUCUUUAA